AUGCGUUCCUCCAUCAUCACGAGCGCCUUGCUCGUCUUUGGCGCCGUCCAAGCCGACCCCGGAGCCAAAAAGAACACCGGCGGUCCCAUCGACGCCUCCAUCCUCGCUCACACCGGCGAGCCAGCAGGUAAAGAGAUCAAGAUCGCCAACAACCGUAUAUCCCCCUUCCCCAAUAACACAUAUCAUAUAAUAAAAUGA